CUACCACUCCAUCAGACAUCAGUCCCAUGUCGGACCCAACCGACCUAAAUAAUUCCCUCUCUCUCUCUCUUGUGAGCCAGUACUGCAGUUUCGCUUCAGUCGUCAUUAACUCCAAAACGCGAUGAGACUGAACGACGACGUUCCACCGACAGCAACACCAGCUCUUUCCUCAGCAAAAACGGUGAAGAAAGAUAACUCAGAGGCUGGCCUUUUCGGCCGUAGCCGCUCGUACAAGUUCUGGGCCCUGGUCGCAAUUAUUCUCCUCGCCGUCUGGUCCAUGUUCACCGGCUCCGUCACUCUCAAAUGGUCCGCCGGUAACCUCACGCGCUUCUCCGACACCGCCGACUCUCUGAUCCUCGACGAUCUUGAUAUUCUGGAAGUGGAGGAGAGACAGAAGGUGGUGAGGCACAUGUGGGGCGUGUACACGCAGAGCAAGAGUAUGAGAUUGCCUAAGUUUUGGCAGGAGGCUUUCGAAGCUGCUUACGAGCAUUUGACUAGUGAUGUUCUGGGCGUCCGAGACGCUGCCGUUUCGGAAAUCGCAAAGAUGUCCAUGCGCUCCAUCAGUCUCGACCCACUUCCUAGUCAUUCACAGAGUUCUAGAGGAUCAAGGAAGAGCCUCAAACAAGCAGAAAAAGGAAAGAAGGUAACUGAAGCUGGGAGUAGCUGAUAACUGGAGUGCUUCCUUCUAUUUGUUUAUGCACGUUGGGAUAUCCCAUUUCCUGCUUAAAGUCAGCAGAAGAUGGUGAUGAGCUGGAGUAAUACACAAUCUGUUAUAUUAGAACAAACAAAUCAGUUGCAUACUUGCUUUAGCUAAAGGACCUUGCAAAAGUCAAAACUGUUUGUAUAGGUUGCCUUUCCAAAUAAGCCCAUGAAAUCGAGGGUUUUUAACUUUUUUUGUUUAUUGUUUAAGGAUUUUAGAUGACUUUCUAUGAUGGUUUGUAAUAUCGCAUGAAUAAAUAAGCAUAAGAUAAAGAGAGAUUAGAGAUGGUUAUAAAAAGUUCUGACUGCUCGUAGUUA